ACAGCUGUCAUGUAAUAUGGGAAUUUGGGAAUUAGGGUUUUAAAUCAUCGGUGCAGGUUAUUAUCGAUAUUUCAACUAUUAGACCCAGUAGGGUCUAAAAGUUAUUUUGCUUACUACCGUAUUAAACAAUAAAAGUAUAAUGUUUCACUCACAAAUUCUAAAACAACUUUCAAGAUUGACGAUAGCUUCAGCUUCGAAACUACCAUUCAACACAAGACAUAUUAGUAGUUCCGCUGUUGUACAGUUUAAGAUCACAGAUCAAUUAUGUGCGGAGCCACUGAAAAAGAAGAAAAAAGUGGAUCCAGCAAUCAUCAAGGCUAGGGAGGACCGGAGACGGAAGAAACUGGAAAAGCAAAUUCGUAAACUGCAAAAAAAUGCUAGACAGUUAAAGCCUAUUGAGGAAGUUGAACCACCAUUGCACCUUAUGGAUCAAAUGGGAAAAAGGAAAAGACCUUCGGUGGUACUAUCAGCAGAAAUAUCAGAGACCCGAGCAUUGCUUGUAAAGGAAUGGACUCGGUACAAAAAACAGGAGUACAUGGCAAAUGUAGCUCAGAUAGACAGAAUCAUGGCAGCACAGAAAAGAGCACUAGAUAUGUUGUAUGAAGAGUCGGAGGAAUUGUAUAAUGAAGCUAUUAUGCCUGAUGUUCAACUGAUCCCGUGUUCCUUUACCGGGACAUAUGCCACACCACCAAUAAAGAACUAUGAAUCACCCGAUGGAGAAUAUAUAGACGUUUCGAAAAAAUGGGGACACAAGUAACUUUAAAUUAUAUUAGAUAACAAUUUGUUAUUGUUAGUAAGUAUUAAUAAAAAUAUUAUUGCAUAAGUUUAAUUUAAUUUAAUUCGUCACUAUUUUAUUUACCUGAAUAUGCUACAAGCUACGAAAUGAAUAAAAUAUCGUUUUUAUUUGAUUA